AUGAGCUCGAAUAGAUACCCAGGCACAGAAGAGGUUGACAAGAUGAACUAUGAAAAGCGAUUUCUCACCGCAUGCGCCUGCUUCAAGUCCUGUCUAUACGAGGAGUUUCGAUUCCUGAGUCUCGGAGACGGUCUUCGCUCCGAGAUCCUUCCAGUCCUCUACAAGCUUGUGAAGCUGCUGAAGGCCAUCUUUGUCCUGGGUGAGGAGAUGGCACGGACAUGUCCGAAUUGUCGAACUGUCCGCAAUAGGCCUGCGGACCACUUCUUGGCUGAGUUCGAGCGCCUGUGCCGCGACCGUAUUAUGGUACCUUUGACGCAAGCCAUUGCUGACCUUGAAGCGGAUGAGAUGUUGCCAGCACCGAAGGCCAGCGUUGACUUUUAUGUAGCUUCGGAUUUGGAUGACAUUCGUCCGAAUACUAUCUUGCUCUCCAGUGAGCCGCUGCCUCUGGAUAUGAGUUCUUGCGUUCGACUUCAGAACUCUUCUCGCCCGUGA